CAACGUGACGGAGCUUCUCCCCACCCAAGCGCUCACUGCUCGUUGAAAGCGACGUCUUUCCUCUCUCUCACACACAGAUUCUCUACAUGUAUUUCACCUCUAUGGCUGUAUCUCUAUAUCCACACACACAAACAAAAAUAUAUUGAGAGAGAGAGAGAGAGAGAGUUUUAUGUAGUAGAUAUGUGUAACAGUACUCUGUUGAGGCUUUCACGAGAAUUGCAUUUCUAGAAAGAGAAACAAAGGAGAUUGAUUGAUUCGGAAGCAACUCAACCCGCUCCUGAUGAAGCUCUACGUCAGUUAAGUAUAUGUAACUGCGUACGUAUUUACAUGCGUGUAUAUACGUCGGUGUGGAGAGGGGAGUGAUCGCUGAUCACCGACAGAGUUCGAAUGCCGUGGUUUUGGAAGAACUUUUGCGGAUUGAAUUGUGAAAAUUCGAGGAAGAAUGCCAGAGAUAGCUCUGGUUCAUGGUGAUGAAAGGGGGAGAAGAUCCGAUCACGAGAUCAUGUCUGAGAAUGAGAAGAGGAGACGUCGGAUGAGAUCUUUGAGGAGAAAAGCGAUGAGCACAUCAACGAGAAUCACUCCUACUCGUAAUAAACAUAGUAAGCGGGUGCUGCAUUGCCAGUUCGCCUCAUUUUCUGCAGAAGAGUUUCUAGAUGAAGAAGAAGAGAAGGCAGUUAAUGCAUUUCACCGUACUUUGAUUGAAAGAGGCCUGCUUCCUUCUCGUCACAAUGAUUACCAUACUAUGUUGAGAUUCUUGAAAGCUAGGAAGUUUGACCUUGAUAAAACAGUCCACAUGUGGGCAGAAAUGUUGAACUGGAGAAAAGAAAACGGAGUAGACUUUAUUAUCCAGGAUUUCGUAUAUGAUGAACUUGAGGAAGUUCAGCGAUAUUAUCCUCAUGGUUAUCAUGGUGUAGAUAAAGGAGGACGACCUGUAUACAUUGAAAGACUUGGAAAAAUUGAACCUAGUAAGCUAAUGAGUGUCACCACUGUGGAUAGGUUCUUAAAAUAUCACAUCCAAGGUUUUGAGAAAGCUUUUGCAGAAAAGUUUCCAGCAUGUUCAAUUGCAGCCAAGCGUCAUAUAUAUUCAACAACAACAAUUCUGGAUGUACAUGGGCUGAAUUGGAUGAGCUUUGGCAAGGUUGCACAUGAUCUAGUAAUGCGCAUGCAGGCAAUUGAUGGCAACAACUAUCCCGAGACACUGCAUCACAUGUUCAUAGUUAAUGCCGGUGGUGGAUUUAAGUGUUUAUGGAAUUGGGCAAAAGGAUUUCUUGAUCCAAGGACAACCGCGAAAAUACAUGUUUUAGGUACGAAAUUCCAGAAUAAGCUGUUGGAAGUCAUAGAUGCUAGUCAAUUGCCAGAUUUUCUGGGUGGAUCCUGCUUGUGCCCAGACGAACAUGGAUGUCUUGGAUCUAACAAGGGCCCCUGGAAUGAUCCACAACUGAUGAAGCUGGUUCAUGCUUUGCAUGAUAAUGAGGCCAUAUAUCUGCAAAGGAUAACUAGCUUUUCUGAUAAUGAUGAUUUGAAAAAUAAGCUACAUGAUACGAAGGGCUUUUCUGAUAAUGAUGAUUUUGAAAAUAAGCUACAUGAUUCGAAGGGCCCAAGGGAUGAAAUUGUUCCUGUUUCUGUUUCAAGACCUCCUUUUCAUGGUACCAUGGGAGAAGCACCACAUUGUACUAAUGAAAUAUUGCAGAGAUCAGAAACAUAUACUUAUGGAGCCAUAUAUGAAAAAGAGUGUUCAUCAAAUUUGACUGAUCUGGUCCCAGAACCAGUUCCGCCAAAGGGAUCAAUGUCUGCAGCACUGACGGGUGUAAUACUCAGAUUCCUUGCAUGCAUAUGUUUUAUACUUGGUGGGCUGAUCAGGACAUUCCUCAAGAUGGAGAACAUGGAGACAAUACCAGAAAACCACCGAAGAAACCAAGUUGCAAAUUCAAAUUCUCAAGAGAAAAACGCCGUGCAGCCAAAUACUAAGGAGCUUCUCCAUCCAUGUUACCAGAAGUUGCAGCAUUUAGAAAACUCUGUUACUGAACUUUUAAAAAAGCCUGCGAAAAUUCCACCAGAAAAAGAGGAAAUCAUAUUUGAAUCUCUCAACCGCAUCAAAUCCAUCGAGUAUGACUUGCAGAAGACAAAAAAGGCUCUGCUAGCAACAACCUCGAAACAAGAAGAGCUUUCGGAAUCAUUGGAGAUAUUAAAGGAGAUCAAUAUAAAGGCGAGAACUACUGUAGUGAAUUACUUAAGAGGUGAACCUAUUGUUCUCAAAUUCUUGUUCUUCUCAUUGAUAUCCCUAUUCUAUCUGCUCCUGCCAAUGACAGGCGACCAAGAGUUGUUGGCUCCGAAGUAGCAAGUCUCUAGCACGCGGAACCUGAAUUUUGAACAAGGGCUUUGCUUCAUUACCCCUUCAAACACAUUUGAUUGUUUAUCUUAAUAUUUCGACGAUAAACGUUUCCAGAGAAUUCAGACAUAUUACGAAAAAACCCUUCAUAUUUGAAAAAUCACACAGCAGCCUUUUGUAAUAUAACAUGAUUACAGAAUAUGCAGAAUAAUUUUUAAAAUCGAAGGGGUUUUUAGUAAUAUGCCUCGAGAGGUUUCAAUGUCGUUAUUUCUAGUAUUUUUCCAACUUCAUCUGAUACUUAGUACCUUUCCUAAUUGGUUAAGCCCGGAACUGGCUUUGUCGUUGGGUGGAUUGCAUUCUUCAGGGUAUCCUGCUUGGUGGUUGAAGAUGCUUUCCAGGUUCCGGGCACUUUGUCAUACUCCAGCAGGUAUGAGUCGAGAUGUAUUUCCUCUGGACUUAGCUCUAUCAACUGCAUAUACUUUCACCAUUUUUUGGCAGACUCAAGCAUACAACACACAUACACAAUACAUUGAAAGGAAAUUGGAGCACAUCGAAACAGACAGUUUCUUUGUUUAGCUUUUAUACACAUACUAUCAUCUAUUGUAAAACAUGCCUAUUCAGAUUGAAUCCGGGUUAUGCACCUAAUAACAGUGAUGAUUUCAUGGCUU